GCGCAGCCAGUCCCGUCCCCACGCGCGUCCCCGGCGCUUGCUGUGGCUACGCUGUUUCCUCCGGGACCUUAGGCGCCCUUUGGCCUCCUGACCGGCCCGUCCCAGCUCCUCUUUCUCUUCGGCCAGGAUGUCUCAGGGGAUCCCCGCCGCGGGAAGCAUUUUGGAACGGAGUUCCUCGUCCGAGGGGACCCUGCAGAGCCAUGAUGAUGAUGAAAGACGAGUAAGACGGAGAGAGAAGAACAGAGUCGCUGCUCAGAGAAGCAGAAAGAAACAAACUCAGAAAGCAGAUAAACUCCAUGAGGAAUAUGAAUGCCUUGAACAAGAGAAUACUUCUCUGAAAAGGGAGAUUGGAAAGCUGACAGAUGAAGUGAAACAUCUGAGUGAAGUGUUGAGGAACCAUGAGAAAAUCUGUCCCUUGUUACACUGUGCUUUAAACUUUGGGUUGAUUCCCAGACAUGAAGCCCUCCUUGGUCCCUUGCCAAGAUAAGGCUUCCUCCUGAGAAACCUGAAAGAAUGAGAAGAUUUAAAGACCAUCCACUAUUGUCAUUUUGGCCAUCAUGUUGCAUGACUACACACAUUCUUAGAGCAGCAUAUGCUACAUCUAGUGUUAACCUGGAGUCCUCCAACCAUCAAGAAUCAAUGUUGAUGUUUAAAAACCACAAACUGUAGCCUUAUGGGAGCCAUUUUCAGCUAAGCAGGAUAUCUUCAGAGUGUUUCUACUAUGCAUUCCAUACUCACCAUGGAAUAGGAAAUAUUGUGUGCUGGAAUUGCUAGAAUACGAAAUAUUUUAACUUCAGUUCAGGCCUAACCAUGAUGUACGGUCCUUAUAGUAAUAGAGGAUUUGGUGGCCAUCAUAGGAAAUGGGGAAGACGGCUUGAAACCAAAAGGAUCAUAGAUAUGACAAUCUGUAAUCAAAGACAGGGACUGCUUUUACUUCCCAGCACUCUGAUUCCCUGUCUGUUUUUCUUUCUUCCAUUUUCUUUGGUGACAAACUCCUCAAGUUUUGUGAAAACCUGAUUACCGUAUUUUUGGAUAUAGCUUUAGGAUUGUUUUUAGGAACAUAUUGUGCGGCAUAUGAGGGUUGGAAAGCAUAUCUUCAUGCUUCAAUGUAUGAUUCUCUGCAAUGAUUAUCAACUUACAUAUAUUUCCAGCUGCACCACAAUGGAGUUGAAAUUGCAACAAAGCUAGCAUUUUCUUUGAAGACCCUUUUAAAUGCUGUAACCCUAUGAAACCCAUGGAGCCCAUUUCUUCUGGGAAGAAACUCCUUCUCACAUUCCUUUGUCUUCUUCUCUGAUGGUGACUGGACAAUUUUGCAGCAGUUCUGGCAAGAUUCUUUACACAUGACCAAACAAAUGUACACAACAUAAAGUAAGGACAUGAAUGGUG